CAUUAAAACAAGAAUCAUGGGAUUCUCAACCUCGAAGAGAGUACUAAUACUUGUUCCUUUGAUCCUGCUUGUUAUUUCACUUUCUUCACUUAAUGUUGCUUCUAACUCUAUUGAUGAAGCACGUUCCCUGCUAAAAUGGAAAGCCAGCCUUAACCAGACCAACCCACUUCUGUCCUCGUGGAUUCUUUAUCCUGGAAAUGCCACCAAUACUUCUCGUUCUAGCCACCUUGAAACGAAUGCAAGCCCGUGUUCCUGGAAUGGAAUUAGGUGCAACAAGGCUGGAAGAGUCCAUGUUGUCAACCUCACAAGUUACGGUUUAAAAGGUAUGCUCCAAGAAUUUCCAUUCUCGUCCCUUCCUAAAAUUGCAUACGUUGAUCUCAGUGUAAACGAAUUAUAUGGCAUCAUCCCACCUCAAAUCGGCUACCUUUCCAAGCUUAUCUAUCUUGAUUUGCAAAUUAAUCUGCUGUCCGGAAAAAUUCCACCAGAAAUUGGCCUUCUAACAAAUCUUACAACAUUACACCUCAGUGAAAAUAAGAAUCAUCUUGAUGAUUCAAUUCCUUCUUGCUUGGGCAAUUUGACUAACCUUUUUUGGUUAUCUCUUUACAAUAAUUCACUCUCUGGUUCCAUUCCUCAAGAAAUUGGAAAGCUCUCCAAGUUGGUUGAACUUUAUCUGGACACCAACCACCUAACAGGUUCCAUCCCUUCCACGUUAGGCUACUUAAAGAAACUCACUGUGUUAUACAUUUUUAACAAUCAACUUUCCGGUCCCAUCCCUGAAGAAAUCGGAAAUUUGGAGUCUCUUUGGAAUCUAAGCCUUAAAACAAAUAACCUUUCUGGUCCAAUUCCGACAUCAUUAGGUCGUCUAGGGAACAUUGAAUUACUUCAUUUAUACCAAAAUCAACUAUCUGGAUCCAUUCCUAAAGAUCUGGGAAACUUAUCGUCUCUUGUUGAUCUAGAGUUAAGUGAGAAUCAACUGAAUGGUUCGAUUCCUGCUUCAUUUGGUCGUUUAAGCAACUUAGAAAUGCUAUUCCUUCGUGACAACCAACUUUCUGGUUCCAUCCCCCUUGAAAUUGGAAAUCUAAGCAAAUUAUCUUACCUGAACCUUGACAAAAACCAAUUGACUGGUUUUUUGCCCCAGAAUAUUUGCCUUGGAGGAUCACUUGAGAGAUUGGAUGUGAAUGACAACCAACUCCGAGGUCCAAUCCCCAGAAGUUUGAAAAAUUGCUCAAGCUUACUCAGAGCCCGCUUUGAUGGAAACCAACUCCAUGGAAACAUCUCUGAAGAUUUUGGUGUCUAUCCGAACCUGCAGUUCAUUGAUCUAAGCUACAAUAAAUUUUCUGGUGAAAUCUCAUCUAACUGGGGGAAGUGUCACUACUUGUCGAGCCUAAAGAUUGCAGGGAACAUGAUAUCUGGUAGGAUACCAACUGAUAUUGGAAAUGCCUCUCAGCUACAUAUACUUGAUCUUUCUUCAAAUCAUUUACUUGGAAGGAUUCUUAAGGAAUUGGGGAAGUUGACUUCUUUGGUGAAGUUGAUUUUAAACGACAAUCAGCUUUCCGAUGGGAUGCCUUCAGAAUUUGGAUCAUUAUCCGAUCUUGAGUAUCUAGAUCUGUCGGCAAACAGAUUGAACAAAUCGAUUCCUUACGAUGUUGGAAACUUAGCUGAACUCAACUACUUGAAUUUGAGUUGUAAUGAGUUUAGCCAAGAAAUUCCAAUUCAGUUGGGGAAGUUAACUCACUUGUCGGUGUUGGAUUUAAGCCGGAACUUCCUCAGUGGAGAAAUAUCAAAUAGAUUCAGAAGCAUCCAGAGCCUGGAUAUAUUGAAUCUGUCUCACAAUCACCUCACUGGUUCCAUUCCAGAACUGCAUGGCUUGUCCCAGCUCGAUCUUAGUCACAACGAGUUGUGGGGUCCCAUUCCCAACAGCAAAGCAUUUCAAGAUGCUGCAUUGAAAGGUAACAGAGGACUCUGUGGCAAUGCUAGCGGUCUGCAGCCUUGCAAGAUUGCUAAGAUUCACAAACAUGUUUUGGGAAAGGGCAUAAAAUUUUCUCUAAUGAUUGUCUUUCCUAUUUUCGGAGCACUUGUCCUAUUCUGCGGUUUAAUUAUCAUGUUGUUCAGUUUCCGAACAAGGAAAAGAGGCUCAGUGACAGGAAGCAACAUGAAUAACAAAGAGUUGCUUUCCAUAUCAAUUUUCGAUGGAAAAACAAUGCACCGAGAAAUCAUAGAAGCAACCAAGAAUUUUGACAGCAUGUACUGCAUUGGAGAGGGCAGAUUUGGGCGAGUCUACAGAGCAGAAUUGUUAUCGGGUGAUACUGUAGCUGUAAAGAAAUUCCAUUCGUUACCUCAUGAUGAGAUGGCAGAUCAUAAAGAAUUCCUGAAUGAGAUAAGGGUAUUAACAGAGGUAAGGCAUCGAAAUGUUGUAAAACUCUAUGGUUUUUGUUCACACGUCCGACACACAUUUCUAGUUUACGAGUACCUCCCUAGGGGUAGCCUGGCCAUGAUCCUGUGCAAUGAUGAAGCUGCAAAAGAAUUUGACUGGGACAAAAGGCUCACGGUUAUAAAAGGUGUAGCUUAUGCCUUGUACCACAUGCACCAUGAGUGCAUACCACCAAUUGUUCACAGAGACAUAUCAAGCAAGAAUGUUCUGCUGGACUCAGAAUAUGAAGCUCAUGUUUCGGAUUUUGGCACAGCUAAGCUUCUCAACCUAGAUUCUUCCAAUCGGACUAUGCUUGCAGGCACCUACGGAUAUGUAGCACCAGAGCUUGCAUACACAAUGAAGGUGACAGAAAAAUGCGAUGUGUACAGCUUUGGGGUGUUGGUACUGGAAGUCAUCAAAGGAAAGCAUCCUGGUGAUCUGAUUUCUACAAUGUUAUCGCAUUCAGGCAAUAUGGAGAUAGCAUUCAAUGAUGUGUUGGAUGAGCGUUUGUUGCCUCCUUCACUUGAGGUUGAAGACAAAUGGGCAUUCAUAGUAAGUCUAGCAUUUUCAUGCUUAAAUGUCAAUCCACAGUCUAGGCCAGACAUGUAUGCUCUUUGUCAGUCGUUAUCCAAAUGAACAUCCUAUUGGGUCAUCCGUUUUGGGUAUGGACCUAUUUUCUGAUGGGGUUUCCGUUGUAAUGGACUUGGCCUUUUGUUUAGACAGAGUUUGAUUUUUUUAUAGCUAGAAAUUGUGUUUA